GUUCAAUAUCUUUCUUCCCAGCUGACCUUUAGGAUGUACGGGUCUCGCCCUGGCACAGGGAUUGAAAAAGGUACUCUUGCUUAUUCAUUCAAUUCACAACCCACGGCUUAACAGCAAUGUAGGCAGGGAUUCCCUUCGUCGUAUAUGAGAAGAACCCUACCCCCGCACUCCCGCGGAACUGGAGCAUGGGAUUACAUUGGGGCAUGGAGCCUCUUUCCCAGCUCGUGCCGGAAUACAUCCUGGCCCGCAUUCAAGAAGCCCAGGUCGACCCGCACGUUCCUACAAAGGAAACAGACCGUGUGCGCUUCCUCAACGGCCAGACGGGCGAACUCAUCAAGGAAAUAGACUCGUCCAAGUUCUACCGCCUGCGCCGGGACAAACUCCGUCGACUCCUUCUCACGGACAUGGAGGACGGAGUCGAGAUCCACUGGGGAAGAACGGUGGAAGGAAUCGAAUACUCCUCCGACGGACAGACGGUGACCUGUCGGUUUGCGGAAGGAGGGAGCGAUACUGGGCUGGCGCUCAUGGCAACCGACGGCCCGCAUUCGACUCUCCGUUCAUUAUUACUGCUAGACGGCGUGGCUGCAACGACGACUCCCAUCGACUAUGCCGCGACGAUGUGUCUGACACGACAUACUCGCGAGCACGCUCUCUUUCUGCGCAGUCCGCCGCACCAUCCGCUCUACCAGGCUGCCCCGCAUCCAAAGGGCUACUGCGCCUGGCUCAGUCUGCUGGACGGCGACGAUAAAGAACACCCAGAGAACUGGACUUUCUUCCACUACAUCUCAUGGAAAGAAGGGCGCGAUGAAAUUAAUCCGCGUCGCACUCUGCAAGAACACGUCGCCCACAUCAAGACCCUGGGCAGUGAGUUCGUCGACCCCUGGUGUAGCGUGUUCGCCUGGAUGCCCGAUGACUGCCAGCAGGUCACCUACGCCAAGAUGCAUCACUGGGAUCCUAGCCUCCCCGAGCAUCGCUGGGAUAAUCAUCAGGGCCGCGUAACUCUAGCGGGUGAUGCUGCCCAUCCCAUGACCCCCCAGCGCGGACAGGGACUCAACCAUGCCAUUCAGGAUGCCUUUACUCUCUGCCAGGCUAUUCAGAACUUUUGGCCUCAUCGUCGUGACCCCUCCUUCAUGGAUGCCCGUCACGCCGCUAUCAGUCGGUACGAGGCUGAGAUGAUUGAACGGACAGGCGCCGAGGUUCGUCUGAGUGCCCAAACGGCGGUGGCCAUGCAUGACUGGUCCAAGCUGAUGGAGAGCCCUUCAUUCAAGCGUGGUCUCCAUGUCGAACAACAGUCGUAAUAUGCCUGAAGGGGAGAGAUGAUGAUAGAUAGUGUGGUGGUAUGAUUCGAUCGAAAGAAUAACUUACUAGAUAUAGAUGUACCGGUGUCUGAGCUUGUGAAAGAGAGAGAUCCAGGAUAAACCGGUUGGUGAAUACAUCAGUGAAGAUCAGUAGACACCAAGUGAUGGAUUAAUCUGGACUUACAGGGUCUCUCACAGCGUCAAGCUAUAUCAGUAGUGUCAUGAUUGAAUUCUAUAUAGGGAAGGUCAUAGUUGAUUGAUGAGGCUGACACUUAUCGACUAUAGUUAAGAU